ACCAUUGCCUUAUAGGUCGGAAGCUCUUAUUAUUACUUGUCGCUGCCACCCUAUUACUGCAACAUAGUACUACAGCUUAUGGGUCCGAAUCCUCUGGGAACAUCCCCAUGACACGGCUUGGCUGCCCAGGCAAAUGUGGCAACGUCAGCAUCCCCUACCCGUUUGGCAUCGGAAAAGGUUGCUUCCAAGAACCCUUCAAUGUCACGUGCAAUGAAGGCGAGGCGCAUCUAGCCUCAACUGGAGUUAGGGUACUGGACAUCAAUCUUAACCUGGGUGAGAUCCGUGUUCUGAACCCACACAUCGCAUGGCAAUGCAAUUACGCCAAUGGCACCAAUAGCAGCGGUUUGGAUGGCUUAAGGCUUGAUCCUUUUCAUAAGUUUUCCGACACCAAGAACAAGUUGAUUUCAAUUGGGUGUGAUACGCUUGGAUUCGUCGUGGGAUCCGGCAUGGGCAAGAACCAGCUUGACUACUACGCUGUCCACACAUGCUAUUCAUACUGCACUGACGCAAGUAGCGUUGAUGAUAGCAAUGAGUGUUCUGGACUGGGUUGCUGCCAGACAACGUUUCCAGGAAACAUCAGCUCCUUUAACACCACAACUGCAGCAUUACUAGACAACUCUACCAUCAAGUCUUUCAGCCCAUGCAGCUACUCAUUCGCUGUUGAGGAGGGCUGGUUCAAGUUUGAACCUUUGUUUGUUAGCUCUACAAAUUUUGCCAGUAAAUAUACAAAUGGGGUUCCUCUGGUGCUUGAUUGGGUUGUUGGCAAUGGAAGUUGUACGGAAGCCAGCAAGAUGGGACCACAGUAUGCCUGCCAAGCCAGGAAUAGUGAAUGUGUUAAUGUAUCCAAUGGCCCCGGUUACCGCUGCAACUGCUCUCAAGGUUAUGAGGGCAAUCCCUACCUACAAGGAGGGUGCCAAGACAUCAACGAGUGUGAAUCUCCAGAUCAGUCUUUGUAUCCUUGCAAAGGGAAUUGCAGAAACACCAUUGGAAGCUACUCCUGUUUAUGCUCAUCAGGAUUCAGAAGCGAUGAUCCAAAGACCAUACCAUGCGUUCGAGUUAACCCAAACAAAGCUCAGAACAUCGCCAUAGGCAUAUCCGUGAGCAUCGUCUUCCUCACGGUCUGUAUCUUUGCAAUACAUGCUGAGUAUCAGAAAAGGAAGCUGAAGAAAGAGAAGGAAAGAUUCUUCGAACAGAAUGGUGGUCAGAUAUUAUACCAUCAAAUUAUGUCAAAACAAGUUGAUACAUUGAGGAUAUUCACGCAAGAAGAACUGAAGAAGGCCACAAACAAUUUUGAUGAGAACAGAGAACUGGGAAGGGGCGGUCAUGGCACUGUCUACAAGGGCAUUCUCAAGGAUGACAGGGUAGUAGCUGUGAAACGCUCAAAGCUCAUGAACGUGGCCGAAACUGAUGAAUUCGUGCAGGAGAUUAUUAUACUUUCACAGACCAACCACCGGAAUGUUGUCAGGCUUCUAGGGUGCUGCUUGGAGGUGGAGGUCCCCAUACUGGUCUACGAAUACAUCUCGAACGGCACUCUCUUUGACUUUAUCCAUCAUAACAGCGCAUCUCCCUCACUGGAUACCCGUCUCAGGAUCGCUCAAGAAUCAGCAGAAGCACUGGCCUAUCUGCAUCUGUCGACAAACCACCCUAUAGUCCAUGGAGAUGUUAAGUCCAUGAACAUUCUCUUGGAUGACAGCUACAUGGCGAAAGUGACCGACUUUGGGGCGUCAAGGACGCUCCCCAAGGAUGAGGUUCAGUUCAUGACAUUGGUUCAAGGAACCCUGGGUUACCUGGACCCCGAGUACUUGCAGGAGCGGCAACUCACGGAGAAGAGCGACGUUUACAGCUUUGGGGUCGUGUUGCUGGAGCUGAUCACAGGGAAGACGGCGAUCUACCACGACGGCCCCAAGCAAGGCAAGAGCCUGGUGUCAUCCUUCCUGCUCGCCAUGAAGGAGGGGGACCUCGAGGGUAUCCUUGAUGCGAGCAUAAUGCACGCUGAGAUGGAGACGCUGCUGGAAGAAGUUGCAGAGCUGGGUAGGAUGUGCUUGGCUGCCAGUGGCGAAGAUAGGCCUUCCAUGACAGAGGUGGCUGAUCAGCUGAAGGCCCUGCGAAGCACGUGGAGGGAAAAACUGGUAAUGGAGCAUACCGCACUGGAGCCUUUGGUCGUGCACUUGUCAUCUGUAGCUUCGUUACCUUGGGACCUUCCAUUGUCGAGUAGCUUCUCAACGGUCCCGCAGAUGACUGGAAUAGGCAUGGAGACACCCAGAUGAUAGUUUUAUUGAGUUUUACACCAGACUUGGAGCUUUGAGUAGUACUACUAUCCAUGGUCGUCCUGUAUUUGUGGUACCAAGUGUUAAUAUAGAUGAUGGAAAAUGGUUAUCUCAAGAUUUAAGUCCUUGUUUCCGUGAUGUUUGUAUAGUUGCCAGGUUACGGAAAAUUUGACACUAUUUCAUAUUUGUGGUAGCUUACCAUCUUUCAUUCGUUGCUUUCAGCAAUUGCUUUGGAAUGAUUUUUUUUU